UUCGGCAGCCCCCGUCCACGUCGCAGCUCCACCGCUCGUCCUUUUGCCUCCCCGAAUUGCACACACACGCCUUGUCCUUCACCGCCUCCGCCUUCCUCCUCCGCCUCCAACUCCUCCUCCUUAUCACAGCGCACUCGCGGCUGCCUCUGCCUUCAUUCUCCCCCCCAUUUCUUCUCCACAGCUCUGCUCUCCUCUCCCGUGAACGACCUGCAGCAGCAGCAGCUAUAGCCUAGCAUCUUGAGAAGCUGGCCGAGAAUCCCAACAAGAUGGGGCGCGGCAAGAUCGAGAUUAAGCGGAUCGAGAACGCGACCAACCGGCAGGUCACCUACUCCAAGCGCCGCACGGGGAUCAUGAAGAAGGCGCGGGAGCUCACCGUGCUCUGCGACGCCGAGGUCGCCAUCAUCAUGUUCUCCUCCACCGGCAAGUACCACGAGUUCUGCAGCCCAGGAACCGACAUCAAGACCAUCUUUGACCGCUACCAGCAGGCCAUCGGGACCAGCCUAUGGAUCGAGCAGUAUGAGAAUAUGCAGCGCACGCUGAGCCAUCUCAAGGACAUCAAUCGCAACCUGCGCACGGAGAUUAGGCAAAGGAUGGGUGAAGAUCUGGACAGUCUGGAGUUCGACGAGCUGCGCGGUCUUGAGCAAAAUGUUGACACCGCUCUCAAGGAGGUUCGCCACAGGAAGUAUCAUGUGAUCACCACACAGACUGAAACCUACAAGAAGAAGGUGAAGCACUCGUACGAGGCGUACAAGAACCUGCAGCAGGAGCUGGGCAUGCGCGAGGACCCGGCGUUCGGGUUCGUGGACAACACGGGCGCCGGCGGGUGGGAGGGCUCGUCGGUGACGACGCUGGGUGGCGGCGCAUCGGCGGCGGACAUGUACGCCUUCCGCGUGGUGCCGAGCCAGCCCAACCUGCACGGCAUGGCCUACGGCUCCCACGACCUGCGCCUCGGCUGAUCUGAUCUAGCUAGCAGUUGCCUGCUUGCCACGCGUGCAGCUGGUGUCGCUGCACGCCCAAUGCAAAGCAAGUUCAUCACGGAGUAAUCGUCCAGGUAUUAUUGUAACGAAUAAAUGCAGAGCAUGUACCGUCCGGCACCAGCUAGCUCUCUUCGUAGUACUGUCAUGUAAUGCAUUGCUGUCUGUGAUCGUCUAUGAUUAUUGUAUCGUGGCACUAUGUUUGUGCUGUUGAUUACAUUGUUUGCAAAUAUAAUGCUACUGUAUUACUGCAUGAUGAUGGUUGGAUUGACUUGCA